AUGCAAGCACACGCUGGUGUAGCUGAAACUUUAACUCAAAUUAGGGAAAAAUUUUGGAUACUUAAGGGUCGACAGCGUGUAAAGAGUAAUAUUAACAAGUGUGUGAUUUGCUACAGAUUUAAAGCUAAGCCACUAAGUCAGGAUAUCGCUCCUUUACCAAUCGAAAGAAUAACAGAGGCAAAUCCCUUCGAAGUUGUAGGACUUGAUUUUGCUGGUCCUAUGAGUACAAAGGAUGAAACUGGGAAAGCUUAUAUUGCUCUGUAUACAUGCGCUGUAACCAGAGCAGUGCAUCUGGAACUUGUGUCUAGCCAAACAGCAAACAAUUUUCUUCUGUCCUUUAGAAGAUUUAUUUCAAGAAGAGGAGUAUGUCGAAUAAUAUAUUCAGACAAUGCAAAAACCUCCAAAAAAGCAGACAAGGAUUUACAAAAACUAUGGAAUACCAUCAAGGGCACUGAAGUUCAAAAUUAUUUUGGUAAUAAAGGUAUUGAGUGGAAAUUCAAUGUGGAGAAGGCGGUUUCUGGGAAAGGCUUGUUAGAUCUAUCAAGUCAUGUUUGA